GUCUCGGUUCUUUUUUCUCGCGACAUAUAUUUGCUAUACCGUUUUGGGCACCCAACUCCUCUGCUCAAAAUGGCAGUGUAGCGGCUUGCAGCGGAAAACUCGCAGCGGCAACACCUGCAGUGCAACGGCGAUUUGCACUGGCUCUAUUUAUCAAAAUGGCGUCCCUCGAGGCAACCACCCUCAGCACUGCUGCAUUUGACAGCAUAUCAACCCUCCUUGACUCGUCAUCAGAACUCCUGUUCUUUUUGAGUCCGACCAAGCACCAUGACUCUGAGCUCUCAGAUUUGCGUGGAAGAAAUGGGGACCCUGUUCUUGGGGUCCUCGACUCUGAUGGCUGACCCCUUUGGGCCCCUUCUGGACGAAGAUGAAGAGAGAGCUCUAUCCGAGGGGUCUUCAUCGCCCCUCUCCUUCUCUUCAUACUCUGAUUCUUACUCCUCCUCCCCGUUUUCUUCCCCCUCAGCCCCCGAUCCUCUAGGAUGUAAAGGCGGGUGUGAUGUGCCGCUCCCCUGGAUGUCUGCCAGUGAGCAGAUUGAUGCUCACAUUGAGGCAGAUCAGAAAGAAGGGGAUGCGUUUUCAGGCAUGGACUGGAUGACGGAGAAGAUCGACCUCAGUGAUUUUGAUCUGGACUCGCUCAUUGGGUCCUGUGAUUUGGAUGAGCCUCCCAGCUCUCCAGAGGAGCUUCUGGCAUCCCUGGAGUCCCAAAUGGAUCUGGACCUGGCUCCACUCCCAUUCCCAUCAGCAUCUACUCCUGUUCCGGAAGAGCUCAACCUGCCGCCUUUCCCUCUAGAUUUACCAGUUGAGCCUGAGAUCCAAGAUGAGCCUGUUUCUGUUGUUGAGAUCAAAUCUGAGCCAGUCUCUCCGGCUCCUGCGCCUUCAUCUCCUGCUCCUCCAUCUCCUGCGUUUACACUAGAGUUGGGCAGUGAAGUGGAUAUCUCCAUCUCGGAGCUGGAGAAAACAACACCCAAGGCCAGUUCUGACAGCCAGACCCCCAGUAUCGUGCUCUCCCUUUCCCCUGCCCACAUAGUGGUGGUUCUCACAACCAAAGAAGAGCCAAGCAUUUCCAGCUCUUCCUCAGACCAAUCUGACAGUGGCAUCGAAUCUGUGUCCGGUUCUCCUCCUCGUGUACAGAGUCCUGUUCCAUCUCCCAAAUUUGCUGGUGCCUCCAGAACCAAGCCCUACUCUAAACCUGACCCCGACGCGGUUGUAAAUGUUGCUGGUAAAGUAAAGGCUGUAUCGGGAACAAGCAAAACAGCAGACAAGAAAUUGAAGAAAAUGGAGCAGAAUAAGACGGCAGCUACCCGCUACAGGCAGAAGAAACGGGUGGAGCAGGAGAGCUUGAAUACAGAGUGUUCUGAGCUAGAGAAGAAAAACAGAGAGCUGGCAGAGAAGGCAGACUCGAUCAGCCGGGAGAUCCAGUACCUAAAGGAUCUCAUUGAGGAAGUCCGGUCAGCAAAGAACCGAAAAAACAAGCCCAAGACCAACUCCUCCUAAGAAGACGAUGUCUGUAUGAUUGGCAUGAUUUUUAUAAGAAGGGCACAGGAAGGAUCUGUAGAAGUAUCUGUGCUAGUGUUUCCCCGCACCUUCAUAAUUCACAAUUCCUGUACAUUCACAGGAUGUUGCUGUAUAAAACAUAUAGUACUAGAAUUAGAUCAUGCACAAUCCCAUUACACACCCAAAGCCCAGUCACUCAUUUCUAACUUUCUCACUUCACCUCUUAACAUCAUUGUCCAGUAAGGGGCCUCAUAUCAGCCAGUGGAUAUUUUUGUUACACUGAAUAUUCUUGUUGUAUGUACAUAGCUUCAGCUGCAUUCUUCAGCUUUAUUUAAAAUUCUGGUGUUUGGUGCGAGUUUAUGCUAUAGUAUGCUAUUGUGCGAUUUCUGUUUUCUAAUAAAGCUUUUAAACUUCA